UGAAAAGGCUUGUGUUAGUCGAAGUCACUCGACAAAGAAGUUACUGUGAUUCUCGCACAUCUUUUCAGUGUUACUACAGCCGUGUUGACAGUUAUAACAGUACGACUGUGUACACGAAAAUUCGGACGUCUCCAACGUAGAGAAAUAGAAAUUUCGGAGAUUUUUAAAGUUAUUAUGGAAAUUCAUACUCUUCAAAAUAAUCCCUUUUCUGAUCAUUUUAUUUCGUGGCUCGGUUCAAAAGAUGUCCUUCCUUCGGAUCUCCGAGAGGCUGAUGCCGAUGAACUCCACAAGUGUCAACUCCUGUCGCAAAAGUUAGAAGAGAGCUUGAAAGAAGCUAAGCGUACUCAGGUGAAAUGUGCCGAGGUGCUCGUUCCGUGCGAUCUCAUUUUGCGGAUCGUUCGGGAUAUACUGAAAUUGUCACAAAAGGAACCUUGUGGGAUCCGGGGGUGCGUAGUGUACGUUAAUCUCGAGGAGAAAACCUUGUGUCGUCGGAUUGGCAAGGUCAAGUACGACUCGGACACUGUAGCGACCUUCGAAGUACUUCUGACCCUCAAACAGGACUGCAGCAGUUGGUUGAGUUUAAGACAUUUAAUACCGGCUCGGCUGAUGAAGAGUCUCGGUCAAAACUCGCCACUGGUCAUCAGCGAAAAUUAUACGUUGAACAAGAAGAAACUAUAUCGCUCAUCGAGUCUCCAUUGAUAUUUGUUGUAUAUAAGUGCAAAUGAAAUGUAAUUUUGUGUGAAUGCUGGUUUGGUUUUGAACAAAAGGCUAUUUAUAUUGUACUAUUUUAUUGUUAUAUAAGCAUUUGGCAUUGGAAUACUUCGUUUUGGUUUUUUCUUUUGCCGUGUAAACUGUAUUGUUUUCUUCUUUACUAGCUUUAAAUAUACUACAUACAAAGUAAAAACGAAAAAUUAAAAAUACUAAAUAAAACAAUUCAAACUUCUUUACUUUGUAUGCUACAUGAUGUAUACUUCAAGGUAAGUAAUAUUCAGAACUGGUCAUCACUUUAUCAGCUAGUCAGUUUCAGUUUGAGGGGAGGGGGAGCGGUACGGGGGCUUAACUUUGAGCCGAAAAAAAUAAAGUUGAAAAAUUACUUCCUGUGGUGUUUACAUUCUAGUCUAUCUUUACGUAAAAUCAUGUUGAAAUAUAUAAUAUAAAUAAAAAAAGAAUCGUUCUUGAGCUUACAUCGAAUCGCCUUCGAGGUGAUAAACCUUCGUUUAUGGAUAAACAACAUUCUGAAGUUUGAAUAUUUGCAAUAAAGUUUUAAUAACAUCA